AGUUACUUGAUAUAUACCUGGUUCUAUUAUCUAUCAUAAAAAUGAAAAUGAAUAAGAUUUAGUGAAGUACAAAAACACAACUAUAUUUCAAGAUCUGAAAUGAUCUUUAAGUUUAUUUCCAUAUCUGCAAAACCUAUUUUAAUUUGAUAGAAGAUAUUUGUUUAGAAAAUAGAUAUGUAAAAAGGGUAUUUGGCAUAUAUCUUAACUAAGAGGGUACUUUAAAAUUUGAAAUUGUUUGAUUCAUUUAGUAACACUGGUUUAAAAUAUACUCACUGUAACUAUCCGUGUCUUGGAACUUCUUUUCCCUUUUGCAACUUAAUCUUAUUUUUGUUUCUAUGUUUUCUGGCUUUGCUGAAUGAAAUUUGUUAAUUUGUUCCUUGUUGAGACUAAAAAAAUGAGAACAUACAAUGCUAGCUGUGUAAAAUUCUUUCUGAAAAUGCUUAGUUGGUCAAUUGGAAUGCCUAGAAACACUUCCUUUUUGGAGCAUGUGACUUUUUAGGCAUGUUUUUGAGUAUCAAAAGUUUGUGUAAAUAGGAAAUGGAGAUUAUUAAGUUUCCAUGUAGUGGAUGCUAAUGUAUUGUAAUCAGAAGCAGAAUCACAAAUCUAGAGCAAGAUCAAAUGAAGUAGAAUGGAGGUAUAAGUCUUCACACACACACAUAUUUGAUUUUACUUAUUUCAGCCAGAAGUUGAUAAUCAAGUGACUUGCAGAAAAAGGUAAAAUUAAAUAAAAAAAAAUGGACAAGAAUGAUAAUCACCAUUUUGUCCUUGUCCAUGGAGAUUGUCAUGGCGCAUGGUGUUGGUACAAGCUAGCGACACUGCUUAAAUCUAAAUCUCACAAAGUCAGCGCAAUCGAUAUGGCGGGCUGUGGCACAAACCUCAAAUCGGUCGAAUUCGAAAUUGUGUCCAUAACGGACUAUAUUGCCCCUUUAAUGCUAUUCAUGGAGGCCCUACAUGAUGAUGAGAGAGUGAUACUGGUUGGACAUAGCAGGGGUGGAAUUGACAUUUCCAUUGCCAUGGAAAGAUUUCCCCAAAAAAUUGUUGUGGCAGUUUUUGUAAGUGCAGCCAUGCCCGGCCCUCAUCUUGAUCUCCCAACUGUCUCCAAAGAGUUUGGCAGAAGAUUGGGUUCACCCAUGGACAAUGAGUAUGCUUACUGUCAAGGAAAGGACAAACCUCCAACAUCCUACCGAUUUGGCCCAAAAUUCUUGGCAUCAACUAUGUAUCAACUUUCACCGCCCGAGGAUUUGACUCUGGCGACACUCUUGAUGAGGCCAUCCCCUCUGUUUGUUGAUUUUCACCGCCCAUCCGAAGAAACUGCUCUAACAAGGGAAAAUUACGGUUCAAUCCCUCGUGUAUACGUUGUUUGUGAUGAGGACAAGCUGAUGAAUGUUGAGAUGCAGAGGUGGUUGAUCGAGAACAACUGGCCAGAUGAUGUAAAAGUGAUCGAGGGUUCGGAUCAUAUGGUCAUGAUGUCCAAGCCGCAUGAUUUGGCUUUGUGUUUGCUGGAGAUUGGAGACAAAUAUUGGCCUUUCUUCAACAAUUAAGGGCAUGAUUGCCCUGCUCCGUCGCUCUGAACACCCCGCUCUCACCCUUCGGAGUUCUCGACCCUGCUCUCACCCUCCGGCGAUCUCGACCUCGCUCUCAGUCUCUCACCCUCUAGGCUCGCUCGUCAUUCCACCAGCUUCGUCAAUUUAGGAGGUCCACCAUCGACGAAUGACGCAUCGGCUGCAAGUCAGACAUCAAAAUUGAAGAGGAGCUGUCCGGGGAGUUCAAGUGUUGCAGCUGAUGCUACUGCAUGUACUGGGAUUGCAGGGGACGGUAAAUAUACGAGAAGGUCGAUAGUUAAGGAUCACUUCACACAGAUUCUGGUUGAAGGUAUAUCCAGAGCCGAAUGCAACCAUUGCCAUAAAAUGUAUAAAUGUUAUACUCGAAGGAAUGGUAGGUCUGCACUUCUUCACUAUAUGUCGGUUUGUAAAGCUCAUCAAAAUGUGACAAAAAAAAAAAAACAACUGAAAUUGAAUUUGCAAUCAAUAGCUGAGGGUGAUGAAGUGGUAGGAAGUCUAACUAGCUGGAAAUUUGAUCAAGAAGCCAUUAGGUCAGAACUAGCUAGAAUGGUCAUUAUUGAUGAGCUUCCAUUUCGGUUUGUGGAAGGUGAUGGAUACAAAGUCUUCAUGUCGAUUACACAACCUAGGUUUAAAAUACCCUCUCGUUGAACUUUGUCUCGAGAUUGUUAUCAGUUAUACCUAGAUGAGAAGUUAAAAUUAAGAAAUUACUUCAAAAGGUAUGGAAAGACAAUUUCUAUUACUAUAGAUACUU